UCUUUGUAGUUCCACUAUGGAACAAAACCUUCAACUUGGCAACAAUGCUAAGAUAGCUAUCAUUGGGGCUGGUGCAGCUGGAUUAAUAGCAGCAAAAAACUUGAGAGAUAUUGGUUUGUUUCAAGUUGAGGUUUUUGAGGAAACGGAUACCGUGGGUGGAACAUGGGUUUAUCAGGAAGAGGUAGCUACGUCAUAUUACUUUCAAAGUAGUAUGUAUCGAGAUCUUCACACAAACUUGCCGAAAGAAAUAAUGGGGUUUCUCCACUUUCCCUUUGAUGACACUUUUGGUGUUUCUUCUUUCCCAUCUCAUCAAGUUGUUCUGAAAUACUUGGUGUCCUUUUGUAAGACUUUUCAGUUGUACGAGCUGAUUCGAUUUCACUGUUCGGUGAAACAGAUUUCUAGGUUUGAAUAUUUUGGUGGUUUCCAUUGGGAUUUGGUAUUGUACAACCACGGAACUCAGCAAGUAGAACAAAGACGAUAUGAUGCAGUUGUUGUCUGCAAUGGACACUAUACGAAACCAUAUAUUCCUGAGAUUCCUGGUGCAGACUUGUUCUUACGGCCAAUUAUCCAUAGCCAUUUCUACAAAUCCCCUGAACCUUUUUGCAAACUUCGUAUUGCAGUCUUGGGAGCAGGAAACUCAGGCAUCGAUAUUUCAUACGAAUUAAGUCGAAUGGCUAGUAAAGUUAGCUUAUGUCAUAGAAAAUGCCAAAUACGCAAGACGAUUGGAAAGAAUUUGGAAGAAUGUCCAACCAUUGAGUCAUUGGAGGCGGAUGGAAAGAUUCUCUUGGCAGAUAAGAGUAGUUUGCAAGUUGACAUACUUAUUCUCUGUACGGGUUAUGAAUAUGACUUUCCUUUUCUUGACUCUUCUUGUGAAGUCUUUGUUCAAGAUAGAGUGGUAUUGCCGUUGUAUCGUCAUUUGAUACAUGCCAAAUAUCCAACAAUGUCCUUUGUUGGUUUACCUUUACGUGUUCUUCCCUUUCCAUUGUUCGAUUACCAGACACGUUACCUGGCAUCUAUUUAUAGUGGAAAAUGUACAUUACCAAGUUGCGAGAGAAUGUUGGUUGAACAACAAGAACAUCUUGUGGAUUUGGAUUCGAAAGGUUGUAGAAAAUACUACCAUUUGUUUGCAGAAAAGCAAUGGGAAUACUGCAGAGAACUUGCAGAUUUAGCGAAUGGACCUCGUUUAUCAGUUGCUGUUCAACGAGUAUAUGAAGAUGUUUCCCAAUUUCGCAAAAAAGAACCAGAAAAAUAUAGAAGAAGAAAGUAUAUCAUCUUUGGCAAGGGACCCAAUGACUGGAGAGUUUUUGAGAAUGACUCGGAUGUCACUUUGUAAAUAUAGCAGUUUCUCUUUACUU